UGUGCGGCUUUUGAAUUUUUUAGGCAGUAGUUUCCAAACCAGCAGCCAGCGUCUGAUAGAGAGAUCGCGAAAUAAAACCAAGAUUAAACGCGUUAAAAGUAACUUUAAUAACAAAAUUCAGCGGCGGUUAAAAUCUCAGGGAUCUGAGAUCUGCGGCGAAUGAACAAAAUGAGGAAAAGUGAGAUCCACGCUGCGGAGUCUGUAUCAUGUCUGAAUAAAGCGCUCUGUGAGCUGAAGGACAUCUGGGAGGAGAUCGGGAUCCCAGAAGACCAAAGACUCCAGCGCACGGAUGCCGUGCACAUGCACAUCAAGAACCUGCUGGAUAUGAUGAUCGCAGAGGAGGAAGGAUUGAAGAAACGUCUGAUGACCAGUAUUGAGGCUUGCAGAAAAGAGUUGGCCACUCUUUAUGAUGAACUCCAGGUGUCUGAAUAUCAGGAUGAAGAUGGCCUCACCAUGCUGCAGCUGGAGAAAGAUCUCCGUACGCAGGUGAAGAUGUUGCUGAAGGAGAAGAGCGUGCGUCAGAGCGAGCUGAAGUCUCUCAUCCAACAGGACCAGGAUCUGUGCGAUGUUUUGUGCGAUGAUCUUUAUCCCAUCCACCCCGAACGAGUGCCUUCACAACAGCAGCUGGAGAACUACAGGCAACACAUCGCCAACCUCAACCAGGAAAAACAACGCCGUCACGCUGAGUUUGUGAAAAUGAAGCGUCAGAUCACCGCAUUGAUGGAGGAUCUGGAGCAGCUUCCGGACAGCACCUUUGAGAAAGAUGCCGUGUGUGAAGAUGAAGAUGCCUUCUGCCUUUCUAUAGAAAACAUCAACUCACUUAAAGUGCUGCUUCAACAGCUGGAGACUCGUAAGGCCGAGACUGAUGCGCUUUGCGUGUCCGUCCGUGGUCGGAUCGAGGAAUUGUGGGAAAUGUUGCAGAUUCCUGAUGAAGAGAGACUGAUUCAGCAAUCGCACACUAGCACAAAGAGCAAUCUGAAUUCACUGCAGGCAGAGCUUCAGGUUUUGGAGGACAUGAAAAAGAAAAACAUUGAGCGUGUUAUUCGCACAAUCAGAUCGGAGAUCGUCAAGUUUUGGGAGAAGUGUUACUACAGCCCGGAGCAGAGACAAGCCUUCACUUCUUAUUACAGUGAUAAUAUGGACGAGAUUGUUCUGCAUGAUCACGAGCAGGAACUGGAGCGUCUGAAGCAGGAUUAUACUGAACACAGCGAGUUAUACAAUGCCAUUUCAACCUGGAGCAGCAACUGGACUCUUUAUCAGGAGUUAGAGAAAAAAGCCACAGACCCAUCUCGCUUUAACAACAGAGGCGGAAACCUGCUGAAGGAGGAGAAACAGAGAGCCGAUCUGCAGAAGAGCCUGCCGAAGCUGGAGAAGAGUCUGAAAGCUCAGAUUGACCUGUGGGAAGCCGAGCACGCUAAAGAGUUUCGGGUGAACGGGCAGCCGUUCCUGCAGUACGUCGAAGAUCAAUGGACUCUGCACCGCAUGGAGAAAGAGAGAGAGAAACAAGAACGACAAAUGAAGAAAAUUAAACAGACUGAAGAAGAUCUGCUGUAUGGCACGGUUCUCAGAACCCCUACCAAAAGAAGACUCGCUACCACACCGACACCAGGAAAAACACGAAAGAUGAUCUCAACGUCAAGCGUGUGUAGCUCCACCCCCAACACGACACUUCGGUCCAUUUGCUCCUCCCCUGCCAUGAGACCACCCCUUUCCACCAGCAAGUUGAGCGCACGUACACCCGCUCGUGGCCGAACUCCUCGCGGUCUGGAGAGGAAUAAGGAGAAUAUUUCUCAACUGAGCGGAGCUUUGCGCACUAUGACCUCCAGUCCUAGCAGAAAUUACUCCAUCACGUCUGUGGCCUCCUCCUACUCAGAGUUUACUGUUUCUGAUUCCACUGCAGUAUCCAGCGGGGGCUCUCAAGUGCAUCUAAAUCCAAUGUCAAGACUGGAAUUUUGAACUCCACCAUCACGCACUGAUACUGGUGGACCAGACCAGCUCAGAUGAACUGAUGGUCCACAUCUUUGAAGACUAAAAAAGCUUUUAUGGAUACUUUAUACUGAAUGUAAAUCAUUUAGAAUUUGUUGCAAGUUGUAAAUAUUUUAGCUCUGCGUUUUAUCAAUUUCUCUUUUCCUUUUAUUUAACUUUUAAAUUUUUGAAUGAAUGUUUUCUGUUUUGAGCUUGUCUGAUGAAAUCAUGUGAUACAGUUUUUGUAAAAACUCUUUUAACACUUAUAUUAUGGCUCUCGGAUGUUAUCGUUUAUACUCUACAUGACAUUUUCGGUGUCUUUUCUGUAUUUACUUUAUAUAAUCGCACAGCGACACUAACUUGGCAUCACUCCUGCAACAUUCCUGCCAGCUAUUCGGUUGGCACCUUGUAAAUAAAUAUUUGUUUUCACUGGGA